AUAGGAUGUGGAAGCGUUUGGGAUAAUGAAACACUGCUGGUUGGAAGGAGGCAGCUGGUGUGACCACAGAGAGCAAAAACCUUACUUCUGGUCCUGGGCGCUUCCAUUUCCUUGGAGACCAAUAGGCAUCGCGGGCAGUGCAAAUCCAGCUCAACCAAAAUGGCACCGGCAGUGCAGACCGCUGUAGAGACAGCAGCGUCAGCACGCAAGGGACAUCACGGCGCGGCAGUGUGAUUGGUGGGUGAGGUGCUGGCGGAAGAAGCCUGUAGGAGCGGGUUAGGCCGUGCUGCUGCUGCGGGAAGAUGGGGUGGCCGGUACCGCCUGUGGGUUAUCUGUUACUGGGAGGCCAGGGGCUGCUCCUCACAUUCUCCCUCAUCGCCUCGCAGAACCACACCAGCCCGGCCCCUUCUCCGGAGCCCAGCACCACCCCGGCCGCCGAGGUCAGGGAUCCCAGAGGGCCCCUCGUACUGUGCGAGUACCUACCAGAAGAGUUUAUAGAAUGUGACGAUCCAGUUGACUACACAGGAAAUGUAUCUUUCCAACAAGAUCUUGAAUAUGGAUGCGCCAAGUUUGGGGGACAGGCGUAUAGCGAUGUGGUGCACACGAAGGUGUGGUGCCGGGCCCUUGUCGGGAUUGAGUGCGCUGGAGCUCGUUCUUUCCAACGUGGGAACAAGCCAUGUAUUAAGUACACCGGUCACUACUUCAUCACCACUUUGCUCUACUCCUUCUUCCUGGGCUGCUUUGGGGUAGACCGCUUCUGCCUGGGACAUACAGGUGCCGCUGUGGGGAAACUUCUCACUCUUGGAGGCCUGGGCAUCUGGUGGUUUGUAGACCUUAUACUACUCAUCACCGGAGGGCUAAUGCCGAGCGACAACAGCAACUGGUGCACCAUCUACUGAUACAUACAUCGGGGAUUGUCAGCUCUCCUCCGGCUGUGGACUUCUAUAGAAGAACUGUAAUAUGCUGAGACCCUCUGCCGCAGAUUUGCCUAUUCAAACAUGUUUCAUAGGGUACAUCAUCGCCAAAGAUGGCUUUGUUUAUUUAAUUUUUUUAUGAUAAUUUAUUUCACCUUUAAUGUAAUCAAGGAAGGAAUCAAUCCUUUGACUAUCGGUUACCUCUGAAAUUACACAAAAGCUGAACACACAGAGCCAUUGUUAUAAUUGGUCUCUAUUGUAAGAUACAAUACUGUAAAUACAUUAUAGUGUAUUAUAAUGUCUUGGUUUAAAGUUUAAUAAAAGUGACCGACAUUAUA